AUGAAGCCCCUUCUGACGAUUGCUUUCGUAUCUUCUCUCGUCCUCAACGCUUACGGUCUUGGAACACUCCAGGCAUAUGCUGUGAAAGGAAUUCUGAGAUGUGAUGGAAAACCGGCCGCCGGAGUGGUAAGCCAUUAUAUCUAGUAGAGUUGUUUGCUUCCAGAAAGUACGCUUAUAUGACGUGGACACCCUCAGUAUUGAUGACAAGCUCGAUGAAGGGGUCUCUGAUGAGGAUGGCAACUUCAGACUCGAGGGUUCUACUACGGAAGUCGGUAACAUUGACCCCAAAUUGAAUGUGUAUCAUCAUUGCGGGGACACUGGAGGCAUUCUCGAGAAGUGUACCAAGAAAGUCGAGGUCGUUCUGGAUAAGAAGUACAUCACCAAAGAAUCUGACAAGGCCGCCCAGACAUUCGAUGCCGGAGAGAUCAAUUUGAAUGCCAAAUACGGAAACCAAGGACGCGAUUGUAUCAACUGA